GGUGAGUUGUAGGGAACAGCCCCGGUAUCGAUGACAAUUCUGCACCCCGGGUAGAAUUUAGAUCUUACACCAACAUCAGACAUAAAAACAACGAGAAGAUAAUGUAGAGAGAGCUGCAGUCUCUAAGGUUUGCUCGGGGUUAGGAGUUUAGAUAUUGUGGUAACACAACGGGAAUGGUUGAGGUAAGAUGUAGAUAGACCAUGCACGUGACCUCAACGUGGAUUUCCCGUUCGGCGCGUUGAAUUUGAGUGCAAGGGACAGCCGUCAACCUCAACGCAACGACAGGUCACUCCAUCUCCGGAUUCCACGAGACGUCGCCCGUACAAAUCCUCCAAAAUGGCUGCUCUGAUCAAGGCUGCGAACGCCAAAAUCCGGUCAAACCCGGUGACUGACUAUGUCUGCUCAACCCACUUUUGGGGCCCUGUAUCCAACUUUGGUAUCCCUCUCGCGGCCAUUAUGGACACGCAGAAGAGCCCUGAAUUGAUCUCGGGACAGAUGACUGGUGCUCUCAUCAUCUAUGCCGGUACUUUCAUGCGAUACUCAUUGGCUGUCACACCUAAGAACUACCUCCUAUUUGCCUGCCACUUUGUCAACGCUGGUGCCCAGCUCACCCAAGGAUACCGAUACCUCAACUACCAUUACUGGGGCGGAAAGGAGAACAUGCCCAAGGAGCAGCUGGCACAGGCUGCCGAGGCUGCCAAGGGAAAGGUUGAGAAGGCCACGGCGAAGGUCCAGAAUGCCGUCAGCAAAUAAAGAGGUUACCAGACCGAAGGUUACCGGAAGGGAUCGGUGUGUCGGGCUGCAUGCCGUCCAUAAUAGGAGUGUCCCCGGGCUGUACCUCGGGAUUCGGAGAGUGGCAGCACACAGCUACCGCGCAAUAACGUCGUAACUUUACAAGAAUUAGUUCCCUCGAACAUCUAGAAUCGCACCCCGAGUUGGGGUCUUUGCAGCACUCGUGCCUGAAGAGUUGCUACGAGAAAAUCUUGUUGCGGGGGCCCUGAGUUCAAUGAAUAUGGUUAGAGCAAACAAAUCAAGCCUUCAGAUGCCACAUUGAGAUACUGCGAGCAAGUGAUGAGGAGGAGUGCUCCCCGCAAAACGGAGAUUCAAUCAAUUCCCCGGGAGGGCUUCCGAUGCUCUUCUCCUAAUGGAAAAUGAUAUCAGUGGUAUGAUAUUUCGCAUUUUACCAGUAGGAUGUCAACUCUAUGCUAGUCUUUCGUUCUUGUAGCAAUCUUGUGUACCGGUACUUAUGUAACAAGACUUGUUAACGUUUUCAUUGUUACGGUCUCGACAUUUGGAGACUUCGGGAAACAAGAUAUGUGUGGUUUCAAUUCAGCAGCGAUACAACGCACGCACCCUUGUAUCUGGGCGAAACAGGUCCAUGAGAGCAAGGUUAGUACGUAGCUCCCUUGAAGUCAAGAUACAAACACAGAUCUGAACUCGGG